ACUGUUCACAGGACAAUAGUCGAGGUGAAAUGGAACUUCGAGGCUCGUCAGUUCGCCAACAGGGCCGCCAAAGUUCUAACCACACUCGGCGUAUUGCUGGCCAUCCGCCUUGCGAUUUUGCAGGGCUCACUGCCUAGGUUCUCGCAACAGGAUAACCCUGCCGCCUUCCAUCCAUCACUGCAUGUUAGAAUAUUAACGUUUUGCUACAUAGCAGCGUUCAAUUGGUGGUUGCUGCUGUGUCCUUCCACCCUUUCCCACGACUGGCAAAUGGGAUCUGUCUCUCUUGUGACAUCACUUGCCGAUUCCAGAAAUCUAGUUACCUGUUUCUUUUUUGCAAUAACAUUUUUGUUGGCUGUCAUAAGUUUGGCAGAUUUUGAGGUAAGUUAA